AUGUGGGCUAUGUCACCUAACCGUGGUAAAUAUGAACGUAGAAUUCUUUCGGCUAAAAGGAAAGCAAGAUCAGAACUUGGCGAGUCUCCUCAUAGUUGGUGGGCCUGUGCGUAUGCAGAUAACUUCGAUCUAUCACUGAAAUCUGUUCGUGAUUGUUGUCCGCGUAUUGAUUUCUUCCAAGUGUCUUACGAAGAGUUUGUGGCUAAAUAUGAACUUCCUUACCAACCUGUUGUAAUUCAGAACAGUCAGAUAGGUUGGAAAGCAAGUGAAAACUGGACAUUAAAGCGUUUGGAUAAAACGUAUCAUAACGAGAAAUUCAAAUGUGGUGAAGAUGACAAGGGCUAUUCUGUGAAAUUAAAAAUGAAGUACUUCAUUCAAUACAUGCUAGAAAAUAGAGAUGAUAGUCCAUUAUAUAUAUUUGAUGCAAACUAUGGCGAACACUCGAAGCUCAGGAAAUUAUUGGAUGACUACUCGAUAUGCCGUUACUUCAAAGAAGAUUUAUUUGCAUUAGGUGGUGAAAAAACGCGACCUCCUUAUAGGUGGUUUGUGAUGGGUCCACCACGUUCCGGUACAGGUAUACACAUAGAUCCUCUUGGAACCAGCGCUUGGAAUGCUUUGGUUAAGGGAUAUAAAAGAUGGUGCUUAUUUCCCCCCCAAACUCCAAAAUAUCUUCUUAAGCCCGGUCCAUCUGACGGGGGCAAGAAUCGAAACGAGGCUAUCUCUUGGUUCGUCUAUGUAUAUCCUCGCACACAAUCAUUUAACUGGCCAAAAGAGUAUGCUCCCAUCGAAAUACUUCAGUGUCCUGGAGAGACUGUUUUUGUUCCAGGUGGUUGGUGGCAUGUUGUUCUCAAUUUGACCGAUACUAUUGCUGUCACGCAAAACUUCUGCAGUUCUGCUAAUUUUCCUAUUGUAUGGUACAAAACUGCUCUGGGAAGACCGAAAUUCUCCAGAAGAUGGUUGUCUGCUCUAAGAAUGCAUCGUCCUGAUCUGGCAAGAAUCGCAGAUGAAACAGAUCUUUCAAAGCAUAUUCCCGAUGUUCCAUCAUCUUCUUCAUCAUCUUGUUCAUCUUCACGUUCGUCGUCUUAUUGCUCAACUUGUACUUCCAGAAGUCCGUCUCCAGAUAAGACUUUUGCAAGAAAUAACCGACCAGGGCUACCACCAGGCCCCAGAUCACCAUCUCCAAAGCGAAGGCGAUGA